UCCUGUGGAAUUGUCAAGUGUGGCAGCCAGUGGUGGUAGCUGUGGCCUUCGUGUUCUGUUCUGUAGUUGUUAUAAGGGAUGCCUCCUAGGCUUAUUCAGUUAUGCCCACAAUAGAUUGUUAAAUAGGAAAAGUUAUUAAAAACAGUAUAUGUGUUACAGUUUCAAUUACCUGUGCAUGUAGGACUGAAAUGAAAGACCAAAGUGUUCACAAUAGGUGAGGUCAUGAUGGUGUGCAGUUUUUAUGUUCGUUUUCCAGAUUUUCUAAAAUGAACAUGUAUUACCUUUUGUCAUCUGAAAAAAAAACUUAUUGUGGUAAAAUACACAUAACAUUUACCAUUUGAACCAUUUUAAAGUGUUCCAUUGAGUGGCCUUAAGUACAUUCCCAGUGUUGUGCAACCAUCACUGCUAUCUAGUUCCAGGGCUUUAUCAGUCUGGAUGGAAAGCCCCUAUCCGUUAAGCAGUCACUCCUCAUUCUCCCCUCCCCUGGCCCCUGGCAACCACUAAUCUGCUUUCUGUCUCUAUGGAUUUGCCUAUUCUAGACAUUCCAUAUAAAUAGGAUUAUACAACAUGUGGCCUUUUGUGACUGGCUUCUUUCACUCCGCGUAAUGUUUUCAAGGUUCAUCCGAGUUGUAGCGUGUACCAGUACUUCCUGCUGUGCUGUGGAGAGACCACAUCUUGCUUUUCCAUUCAUCAGCCGAUGAACAUUUGGUUGUUUUCACUUUUUGGCUAUUAUGAAUAGUGCUGCAGUGAACAUUCAUGUAAAGUUUUUGUUUGAAUACCUGUCUUCAGUCCCUUUGGGCAUGUACCUAGGAGUAGAAUUGCUGGUUUGUGUGUUAACUUCAUGUUUAAAUUUUGGAGGAACCGUCAAACUGCUUUCCCCAGUGGCUGUACCAUCUUAUAUUCUCCCCAGCCGCGUAUCGGUGUACGAGCAUUCCAGUUUCUCCACAUCCUCACCAACACUUAUUUUUCAUUUUUUGUUUAUGUCCAUCUUGUUGGAUGUGAAGUGGGUAGAACAGUAACUUUAAAAAAACUUAUUAAAAAAAAAAUCUUCAUUUCUUAGUGCUCCUAUGACAGAAAUACCACAGAUGGGUUUCUUUAACAAAUUUAUUUUCUCACAGUUUAGGAGGCUAAAAAACCCCUUUGCCAUCAGGUCAUUUCCAACUCAUAGUGACCCUUAUAGGACAGAGGAGAACUGGCCCGUGGAGUUUCGAAGGAGCGCCUGAUGGAUUUAAACUGCCAGGCAUUUGGCUAGCAGCAGUACACUUAACCACUAUACCAUCAGGGUUUCCCGAGGAGGAUAGAAGUCUGAAUUCAAGGCUUUCUCUCCCUGUGGCUCUGGGGGAAGGUCCUUGUCUCUCUUUAGCUUCUGUUCCUGGAUUCCUUAGCAAUCUCCAGUCUCCACCUGGUGUGUAUCUUCCCCUCCAUUUGUGCUUCCUUCUCUAUGCCUAACCUGUUCUUUUGCAUCUCAAAGGUGAUUGGCUUAAAAUAAACCCUACACUGUUACGGCAAUGGGUUUUUGGUUAUGGCUUCAUUAAUGUAACAAAGAAAGUUCUAUUCCCAAACAGGAUUAUAUCCACAGGUACAGGGGUUUAGGAUUUAAACAUAUUUUAGGAGGACCCAUUUCAAUCCAUAACAGGCCAAAAAAAAAAAAAAGUGCUUCUGAGAUUCCUGAGGGUAAAGGCUGCCUUUGGAGAACUUUCAAUCCCUAGAACUGCUCCAUAGGGUUUUUUGGAUGUGAUCUUUACGGAAGCAAAUUGCCAGAUCCUUCUCCUGAGGAGCCUCCGAGUGGGUCUGAACAGCCAACACUUAACCAUUUGUGCCACCAGGGCUCCUUAAAGAACUGUCAGCUCUCUAAUAAUUUUCCACCCCGCUGGGUGGCCUGAAUCCUUCCCCUGAUUAAGUUCUUCGUAAUCCUGCAAGACCUAGCUCGGAUAUCACUUCCCUGGCAAAGUCCUCUGUGACUUGACAAGGUAGAGUUAGUCUCUAUAUCGCCACAACACUUGGUCAGCCUGUUUAUUACAGCAGGUACCGUACUGUUCAUUAUUUUUCUCAUUAAGUUUACAUGCUUUUUGUACUAAUAUUAAGUACACACACACAAAUAGUUACAGCAUGGAUGUCUUUAAGACAGCCAGCUAUUUCAUAUUUUUCUUUGCCUGGUGUACCAAGUUCAGUGGCAGGUGAGUAAAUGAGAAUAUGCUUGGUGCCCUUGUGGAAGGCAGAAAGGUCAGUGUCCUCACUCUCCUGUAACAAUGACAAACAUGCCAGCCCAUCAGACCAACAAGCCUAAUCAGUUUAAGUCAUCUCUGCUGCCUUUCACCAGAGCCCAGAGAGCUUGGGGUGGGACAUGCAGUCCUGUGUCCCAGGCAUCAGUUUCCCAACCUCAUAAUCUUCUCUCUCUUUCAGUCUCCACGAGAGCAGGUUCUUCGGACCCUGAAGAAGAAAGUGUUCUCUACUCCAACCGAGCGGCAUGCCACUUGAAGAAUGGAAACUGCUCAGACUGCAUCAAAGAUUGUACUUUAGCACUGGGCUUGGUUCCCUUCAGCAUUAAGCCUCUGCUGCGACGGGCAGCUGCCUAUGAGGCUCUGGAGAAGUACCCACUGGCUUAUGUCGAUUACAUGACUGUGCUGCAGAUUGAUAAGAGUAUGACGUCAGCCCUGGAAGGCAUCAACAGAAUGACCAGAGCUCUCAUGGACUCCCUGGGGCCCGACUGGCGUCAGAAGCUGCCUCCUACCCCCGUCGUGCCUGUUUCAGCUCAGAAGAGAUGGGAUUCCAGGCCUUCGGAGAAUCACAAAGAUUCAGCUAAAAGCAAACCCAAAGAACCCACAACAGCAAAGAACAAGGUGCCUUCUGCUGGGGAUGUGGAGAGAGCCAGAGUUCUGAAGGAAGAAGGCAAUGAGUUUGUAAAGAAGGGAAACCAUAAGAAAGCUAUCGAGAAGUACAGCGAAAGCCUCUCAUUUAGUCACCUGGAAUCCGCCACCUAUACCAACAGAGCACUCUGCUACCUGGCCCUGAAGCAGUACAAGGAAGCAGUGAAGGACUGUACGGAUGCCCUCAAGCUGGAUGGAAAGAAUGUGAAGGCAUUUUACAGACGGGCUCAAGCUUACAAGGCACUCAAGGCAGGAGGACCAGUCUCAUUUGCGGCAGGAUUAAGCAGGGACAUCCAGGCAGUUGACUUACCUCAGCUUCUCAGGCCCAAGAUGACAAGUGUCUGGAUUUACUAGUGAAAACAGGUGAGCCAGCACCACCUUGAGGAGGCUUUUUUUUUUUACUUUUAAAAUUUCAAAGAGAGUAGUGUACCAAGCCUCCUUGUACCCAUUAGCCAUCUUUGAAACUUAACACCAUUCUGUCAUUUCCAAAGAGACUCUGAGCAAGACACGUUACGAGUAUCAGAAUUUCUCCUUCCUCAAAGGUUAACAUUUCUAGGAAUGGAGGCACCAGAUAUUGAUAUAACUGUCGUCAUGGUCAUGACUGAACUGUUUUCCCCUUAAGGGAAUGUAAAAAGUCAUUACAUGGUGAUGACAGGGUCUUCUGGAGACCUGUGUUGGGACCAGAUCAUGCAGGGUCUGGUAAGUCAUGCAAAGCUUGUCCUUAUGAUAAUGGGAAGCUUCUGGGGGAUUUAUACACAGGUGAGACAUCAGAUUUACAUUUUGAGAAAAGCACUUUGACUGCACCAGGGAGGACAGAUUGGAGGCGACCAGAGUAGAUGCAAUUAAACCAGUGUCCAGCUGAGCUCCAACUACCCAACUAGGAUGGAAGCAGAUUUGGAGAGAAAGAGAAUGAUCUGAGAGCAGGAGGUAAAAUGGAUUUCACAUGGGAGAGGACAGGGACAGUGAAGUGGGGGCAGGGGUGAGGCUCAGGGUUUUGACUUUUGCAGCAGAAUGGACAGUGAGGCCACUUAAUGGAGACAGAACACUGGAAGACCACAGAAAGGGGAAGGAGAAACAGUGGGGAGGAGGCUUAAAUCAUCAUCCUGGUUUUAGACAGGAGUUUGAAAUGUUGAGCUAACCAAGAGGCAGUGAUGGGUAGGCAAUGUUAUACAGGGGCCUGGAGCUCAAGAAUGGACUGGGCUGAAAAAUGCACGAGUCAUCUGGGAACAGGUGCAAAUUGAAGAUGGGGUGGUAAAUUCCACAGCCUAGAAGAACACGGAGAGAGAAAGAGGGCCCAGGAUAAGGCUGAAGAAAUGUCAGCUUUCAGCAUUUGGGGGGAAGAUGAAUCUGCACAGGGGAUAGUUUAAAAGCAGCAGUGACCAUGGGAUGGCAGUUUGAGUGGCGAGAGUCUGAAAUAGUAUUUGGGGAGAAUGGAAGUAUGGGUAGUAGAGGUGGGAUGGCAGAGCAACCUUGAGGGCUUAGUUGAAUUUAUGGAUGGUGACUUCUAAGCAGGAUCCACCGUCUGCUGGGUUAUGGUUUUCUCUAGUGAUUUGGCUAUUCAGGUGCAGGGGAGGGUGGAGAGCUGGGACACAGUACCCUGAUGUGAGGUGAGCACUAACUCACCCGAAGAACUUAUCUGACAGCCUCCCCCAUUCCCAGUAGAGGAGGAAAACCAUGACCUGGGAAGGUAUUCUAAAGUGGUUCUAGAAAGUUCCUCUUAAUUAUAUUCAUUAACCCCUUAGCGGGGAGCCUAGAAGCAAUUGCUUGAUUCCAGGGUGUUUACCUGCACUGCAUGAUGCUGAGCCAAGAGUCCAGAAGCACCAUGCCCAUUGGGCGUGGGCACCUGUAGCUUUCUCCAUUUUCUCGGAGCUAUGCUGUGGUCCACUGCAUGGUGGUGAUGCCCAUGUACUCAACCACCACACUGUUGAGGGCGGGUACUUUCUAGUGUGGGGCUCUUACAAAUAGUCCUGCUCAGUUCCUGAUCUAGGGCAUACACCCUGGUUUACUAACUUUAGCUCGUCUGGGUUUCUGUUCCUUACAGCUAAGGUACCAAGCCAGUCAAAUGUACUCUGCCCCAGCUCCCUCAGAUACAACAAGGCCUCCUGGGAGGUGAGACAGAUUUUGCAACACUUUUAAUACACAAAGCAAAGGUAAAGGCAUGGUUGGGUGACAAGCCUUCAGUCCACAUACACAGCUUAAGUACAGAUACAGCCCAACUGGGAAACAAGUCACAGUUUACAGCCCUUGUAGCCAAGAGCAGGAGACAGUGUUCUCUUGCCAGCCAUGGGAGAGAGGAUUCCAUUUUCUGGGGAGCAAAGGGUAAAAAUAAACAUUUCAAAAAUAUAGUAAACACGGGUCUUCAGUUGUAGACUACCCAGGCCAGGCCAGGCCUUGUGGCAAACAGAAUGGAGCCAGGCAGUGCCCAGGAAAACUCCAAGUCAUUCUGAAGGAGGCCAGGCAGGACAGCUGGCAAGACAGCACCUCCCUCCCUCUGCACUCUAACAAAUAAACCAAUCCCAGGCACACAGUGCCACUUCCUUUGAUGCUCACACUUCCCCCAAACUCCCUCUUGGUGCCUCAGGGAAAGUCAGGGACCCGAUAAGGUGCUUGGUGAGUUUGUGAAAAUUCUCCCUGUCCAGUUCUUUUCAGCUUCUCCUGGGUCUGGCUGCUUCUGUCACCCCACCUCACCCACCUGGCAUCAGAGCAGGUCUGCUCUCGGGUGCUCCAUGGCCUGGUGUGCCUGUAGCACUGCCACUGCCUCUUCUAUCUGUGGGGCAAGGGUGGAGGGGCUUUGUGCAGCUGCCCAGCAGGGUCCCAGGAGGGUGUGGACCCUGUCCCACCCCCACCCUCCAUGCUUGAUACAAGAAUUCCCCACCCUCCAUGGCGUUUCUGCAGAGCCAUCAUCCAACUACAACUUGCAAGUUCCAGUGACAGAAAUCCACUGUCACCUUCUUAAGACAGAUGUGCAUUUCUAUGCAGCUAGAAGAAAUUUAACCCUUACAUUGGGUCAGAACACAGCUCCUUGCACCCAAACCUUGGAGCAAAAACAAUCCAACUGCUAAAGGGCUGAAGUAGCAGAUCCUUUAAGGGCCUCUCCCAUGCCAAGAUUCAGCAGAUCGUGCAGUAUUAGCAAGAAGAUGAACUUCAUGUGGCCAAGCAGCAGCACAUUAGCUUGUGUAGAAGAUGCUAGCUCUCCUGCCCACUCGUACUCGGAACUCCCUGCUGCCCCAGCUCUGGCCUACCUUGGCUUGGAGGGACUCUGGGGACUCCAGCAUGAGCAGUAGCUCCGAAUUGUCAAUCUCGAGCAGCAUGCCCGUGAUCUUGCCAGCCAGGUGGGGGUAGACACCGUAGAUAAGGGGGUAGAGCCGCUCACCUGUUCAGAACAACCUCUGAGGGCUUUUGCACACACCUGGGAUGGCUGAUACCCUGGCACUCCACGAUGGUAUUGUGGAGUGGAGCAGUGAGGACAUCUGGGUUCUUGUUCCAGAACUGCUCUUUCAAGGCUGUGUCACCCAAAUUUACUGGGACCCUCUUUCCCAACCAUAAAGUGGGCAGGGUAAACCCCACCUUAAAAGGAUAAUUUGAAGAAAUCGAUUUUGAAGGGAAAAAAAAAAAAAAAACUUUGAUACUAAAAAAAAAUUUUUUUUUUUUUUGAUACUACAGG